UAUGGUGAUAUACAUUUACUUGAAAAAAUUCCGACUGCCCCCAGGCUCCUUCGAUGCUGUUUCCAUUCUUGAAUCUACCCUGCGGAAGAACUCUGCGAGGCUGUCCUCGGCGUUCCGAGAAUUGUACCUGAACCCGAGGACUCCGGCGGAGUUAGGACUGGCGAAAUUCCCGGCUUGAGGAAUUAAAAAAAAAAAAGAGAAAAAGAAAAUAAGGAAAAGCAAAACCGAAACGCAGUGCAAUAGAAGGAGCAACAGCAACGGGUCAGUGUUCUUGCAGUGACUCAGUCCAUUUGCCAUGGAUUACCUAAAAACCGUGGUUCCUACACAACUCGUCGCCGAGCGAGGCUCCAAUCUAGUCGUCAUCAACCCAGGUUCUGCAAACAUCAGAAUAGGUCUCGCUUCGCAGGACACUCCGUUCAAUAUUCCUCACUGCGUUGCUCGGUACACCAACCAAGUCCCCAAGAGAAAUGUUCAAGACCAGAUGCUCAAUUCCCAGAUUACUACUGCUCAGCAUAUGGAGCGGGAGAAGGCAUAUGAUGUUAUUGCGUCAUUGAUGAAGAUACCUUUUCUGGAUGAAGAGGUUGCCCACAAUUCGUUCCCUCGCAAGAUGGGACGUGUAGAUGGAUAUAAUCCACAGAGUGGCAGGAAGGAAGCAGCAUUUACUUGGACUGAUACAUACGAGAAGGGACCAACUUCAACUUUGCCAUUAGGAAGUUCGACAAAUGAAGUUGUGACUAAUGAGUCUGUGGACCAGCAUGAAGGCACUAAUUCUAAGGAACUUAUUUCAAGCAAACCCAAAUUCAGACGGUUCAUUUGUGGUGAGGAAGCACUUAAAAUAUCCCCGACAGAGCCAUAUUGCUUACAACGUCCUAUUCGCAGAGGUCAUUUGAAUAUUUCUCAACACUAUCCCAUGCAGCAGGUACUUGAGGAUCUGCAUGCUAUUUGGGACUGGAUUUUGAUAGAGAAACUGCAUAUCCCUCACAUUGAGAGAAACAUGUACUCUGCCAUUCUUGUUGUGCCAGAAACAUUUGAUAAUCGGGAAAUAAAGGAAAUGUUAACCUUAGUGUUGCGAGACUUGCGCUUUAGCUCAGCAGUGGUACACCAGGAAGGUCUAGCUGCUGUUUUUGGGAAUGGGUUAUCAACAGCUUGUGUUGUAAACAUGGGUUCUCAGGUGACAUCAGUGAUUUGCAUUGAGGAUGGAGUGGCACUACCUACUACAGAGAAGACAUUACCUUUUGGUGGAGAGGAUAUAGCAAGAUGCCUUCUCUGGACUCAGAGGCAUCAUCAGACAUGGCCACAAAUCCGUACCGACAUUUUGACAAAGCCUAUAGACCUUUUGAUGCUUAACCGACUGAAAGAGACAUAUUGUGAAAUUAAAGAGGGGGAACUUGAUGCUGUUGCUGUAGUUCAUUCUUAUGAGGAUGGCAUGCCAGCUGGAUCUCACAAGACGAGGCUAACCGCUCUUAAUGUUCCUCCUAUGGGUUUGUUUUACCCAACUCUUUUGGUUCCAGACGUGUAUCCUCCACCACCCCGUUCUUGGUUUCAUGACUACGAGGAUAUGCUGGAAGAUACAUGGCACAUGGAAUUUCCAAGAAGAUCUGACAUAUCAGAUGGUUUAUAUCCUAGCAUGAAUGUUGGAUUACCAAUGUGGGAUAGCUACCCAGUUUUUUCCGCUAGACCAAAGAAAGAAGAGAAGGUUGGCCUUGCAGAGGCUAUCACAAGUAGCAUUCUUUCAACAGGGCGUAUAGACCUCCAGAGAAAGUUAUUUUGUAGCAUACAAUUGAUAGGUGGAGUGGCUUUGACAAGUGGUCUUGUGCCUGCAGUGGAGGAAAGAGUUUUACAUGCAAUUCCUUCGAAUGAAGCAAUUGAUACUGUUGAGGUUUUGCAAUCAAGAGCAAAUCCAACUUUUGUGUCAUGGAAAGGCGGAGUGAUUCUCGGAAUUCUUGAUUUUGGCCGGGAUGCUUGGAUACAUCGAGAAGACUGGAUUCGCAAUGGAAUUCACAUUGGAAGUGGCAGAAAAUACAAGGACUCUUAUUUCCUUCAAGCACAAGCAAUGUGUUACAUUAAUUCCUAAAAGGUUUGACUAGCAGAGUGCACCAUUAAAAUGAUGCGAGAAAAGGGUUGACUGUUUGUGUUUUCAUUUGUACAGAUCUUCAUCUAAGUAUGUGAAAUAUGCUUUCUGUAAGGACCAAAUCUUUUAGCAUAGCUUACUACAUCAAGGAGUGGAUCAUGAAAUUUUUUGAGCUCAUAUAUGUCCACUUCUUUUCUUCA